GGUAAAGGAUACCGACGUGCUCUGAUUGGUCGAUUUCUUUCACACAGACUUUCUAUGCUGUAGUAACCCUGUUGCAUUGUUGUUUACUUGUACGUACUUUUUUGCCUGUCAUUUUUCAAAAUGGAGAAAUUAAAUCUUCCAGAGAAAUACAAUUAUAAAAUAAUUGAGAUUGAUGAGAAUAGAGCUAUUUUUCGCAUUUCUGAUCUUGUAAAUAAAGAAUCAGCACAGAAAUGGAUUAAAGAAUAUGAACAAAGAUCGGAAACAGUUUGGCGUGUUGAGAGAACACAUAAAUCAACUGGGCGCCUUAAUAUUUAUAAAGGUGACUUUAGAUGCCAAUACAAUGUGCAACAGGUAUCAAAACAUGUGAAAGAAAGUAAAAAUAUUGGAUGCCCUGCAGUUCUUAAAAUUACUAUUCAAAGGUAUUUUUCACUGCCAAAACACAAAGAUCCACUCCCAGAAGUUAUAGAGUUUCCUGCAUUAUGUGAGCUUCUGUACUUGCAUAAUCAUUUUCUUGACAGUGCUGCUGUUAAAAAGUUCAGGCCAUUAUCAAACCUAACGCAAAAGCGUCUGAUAGAAUUGUUUGAAUUGGGACAUACUGCAGCUACUGCAAGACAGAUGUUGCAAAUGGAAUUGGAGCUUCAGAGUAAUGAAGAUUAUGCAGAAGCAUGCAUGGACAGUUCUAAGCUACGUUCAUUAUCUGUCGUAAAUCACUUGCUAAAUAAUGAAUUUAGGAAAAUUUAUGGAUCUCGAAGAGAAAGCGAUAUUGACAGGGAGGUUGAAAAAUAUAUUUCCUCAUACAAUCAACAGCCAUUCUGUAAAGCUGCUUUUUCAAAAGUAAAGAACAGUUUGGCGAUUGCUGUAGUGACGCCGAUAAUGAAGCGAAGUAUAGAUUUACUUAGCAACGUUCAAGAAAUGAUAAUGCUUGAUGCAUCUGGCCACAUGGACAGAUUAAAUCAUCGUGUUUAUUUUUUUAUUUCUCCAGGUGUAGCUGGUGGAAUACCUAUUGGCUGCAUCAUCACAAAUGCAGAAGAAACUAAUAUUUUUCAUGAAGGAGUGAAACUUCUUUGUGAGUGUUUCCCUGAGAAAUGCUGUUUAUUGCAAAAUGGGCCACUGAUUGUAUUGCAAAAUGGGCCACUGUCAUCUAACGAUCAUUCAUCUAAUCUAAGAGAUCAUUCAUCUAACGAUAUACUUUCACAAUUUAAUAAUAAUACACUUAAACAUUCUUCAAAUGACACGCUUUCACCUAGAAAUAUUGAUACAUUUUCACAGCUUGCAAUGAUAACAACAUGGUUCUACCAACUAUAAACACUACUUCACAGCCCAUUGCAGCUACAUGUCAAAACUCAGACAGUGAAACAGAUGAUGAUGAUGGUGAUUAUUUACAAAAAUUUGAUGAUAUAAUUAAUCAGAUUAAAUCCGGUUACAAAAAUAAUCCUGAUGUUUUUAAGCCAGCAAUAAAAAAAAAUGGUGAAGAAUGUUAACAAGUUUGGGAAAAACAGAAACUGGAUUGGUGUCUGCCUUGCAUAACUUUGGAAGAAACCUUAACUACUCAAGCAGAGUUUUGAAGUGCAGCAGAACGAGAGGCAAUCAAAUUCCUGUUCAACCUACAGCAAUUGCAAGAAGAAAAUCUAUUUAUUCUGGUAGGAAAACUCAAGUUGGUGGAAGGCCAGUUAAACGAGCAUUACCACCUGCCCUAAAAGAACAUACUUAUGGAAUAUUCUCUGAGUUACCGAAAAAACAUCGAAAAACAAAACAUAGUUUGACGCAUUGUGUUGAAAAGAAUGUAUCUCUUCCAAAUUAAUUUAUAUUUAUUUUAUUACUAUCAUGCUUAAUAUAUAUAUAUAUAUAUAUAUAUAUAUUGUACAUGCUUUAAAAAUGUAUUAGAACAUUUUAACAGGAUUUGCAUGGUGUUAAAAUAAUUAGUAUUAAUAUGAUAUAAAAUUUUAAUGCUAUUAUGGU